UAUUGACGUCCGCUGUACUCCCUGUAUAGCAAUCGCCGAUCGCGGAAAAACACGAAUUUAUAAAAAUAAUUUACAUGAAACGUGUCAAUUACCUAUAUUUAAUUGUAGUUUAGUAAAUAAGGGUAUUAUAUAAAAUGGUUAGACAUAGGAAAGUGGGUAAUUCGCAUCAGAAAAACAGUAAUAAUAAUGACACCAGUAGUAGUUCGGCGAGUAGCGAGAGUUUCACGGCUAGUAAGGCUUUCAAAAUCUUAUCUAUAUGGAAAACCUUCGUUGGCUUCAUCUUCUUCAUGUUUGCCGUGUAUGUUGGCACCCUUGGGUACUUGGAGACUAGAGUAAACACUCCUUUUGACGAUGAGAAGGUGGUCAGUGAGUCAGGUUUAUCGGUGCCUGCUCGGUAUUGGGGUACAUACAGACCCGGUGUGUACAUGGGGAUGAAGAGCCGCGAACCCCGCUCCCCUGUGUUUGGGCUCAUGUGGUAUGACUUGUCUGCUACUCCACAUAAGGGUAUAAGACAUUGGUGCGAGCAGGGUGAUAACCUGGCCUCCUACGGGUGGCUGCGUCACGACGGCGUCUCCUUCGGGGAGCAAGUAAUCGUGGACAAACCCCAUAACAUUACAACGUCGUUUAUGAAGACCCCUGGGGGGUCACAUGGUGGUCAUUGGACUGUCAGGAUCAACGUUACUUCUGAUGGAAACUCAAGAGUACCGUUCAUGCUGAUCUGGUACGCGGCUCUGGACGAGUCCCUCGGGCCGGCCGCCCCCCACUCGCGGCUGUGGGCGGAGCACGGAGCUAUACUGGGACAGACGCCCCAACUCCGCAACUUCAGGAUCGACCUGAUGCCUUACAAAGGUAAGCUGCUCCACUCGUCGUAUUCAGAAGCGUAUGCACCAGGGCUGCAUCUUCUCAAGGAGAAGGUUUACUCGCUACUCAAGAACGAGCGUCACCCCACCUUGGGCCGGCUGGCGGUGCUGUCGCCUGAUGCGGAGCUAAAUGAUGAAGGGGAGAAGGACGUGAACUUCGUGCCGUUCCAACUGCUCGUGGAAACGCCUUUCGUACUCGACGUAGUGUAUACGACAGAGAUCCUGGCCACGCCCCCAUUGAAAAGAGAGGAAUAUACCAAGGCGUUAGAACAUAAGAAGAAGUCGUUCGAUACGGAGUUCGAAAAUAAGUUCAAAUUGUCAGAGAAAGGAUAUUCAAAUGAGGACGUAGCCAUCGCGAGAGCAGCCAUGUCCAACAUGAUCGGAGGUAUUGGCUACUUCUACGGCGCGGGCCGCGUUAGCUCCGAGUACACCAAGGAACCAGUGCCGUACUGGAGGGCGCCACUCUACACCGCUGUGCCUAGCAGGUCGUUCUUCCCUCGCGGCUUCCUCUGGGACGAGGGUUUCCAUGGGCUGCUGAUCGGGAGCUGGUCUCCGGAGAUCCAAAUGGACAUAGCGGCGCAUUGGCUGGACCUCAUCAACGUGGAAGGGUGGAUACCUCGGGAACAGAUACUUGGAGCGGAGGCGUUAGCAAGAGUUCCUAAGGAAUUCGUAGUCCAGAGCAACGCUGCAGCCAACCCGCCCAUCUUGAUGAUGCAACUAGCGCGCCUCACUCGCCGUCGACCGGAACUGUUCGAGCCGCACGGGCCGUUCCGGGCGGUCCUAGACCGCAUGUUUACCAGACUCCAGGCAUGGUACCAAUGGUUCCAGUCCAGCCAGAAGGGGGAGGAGCCCACGUCGUACCGGUGGAGGGGGCGGGAAGACGACGGAAAGCAACUCAACCCCAAGACCCUUGCGUCAGGUCUGGACGACUAUCCAAGAGCGUCGCACCCGUCCGAUAUCGAGCGUCACGUGGACCUGCGUUGUUGGAUGUAUGCGGCGGCCGAUAGUAUGGCUUACAUCGCUCGGCUUCUACAACGAGACUCGACCAAGUUCGAAGUGACCCGCGAUCAGCUGGCAGACGAAAGGCUCCUCAACGAGUUGCACUGGUCCACGCAUACGCAGACCUACGCUGACUACGGACUGCAUACUGACGGUGUUCGACUCGUCCGCCAGCAGCCGAAGAAUCCUGGGGAGUCAACGCGUGUGGUGCGAAGCGUGACCGUACCACCGAAGCCCAAGUUCGUCACAUCUGCGUUCGGUUAUGUAUCGCUGUUCCCGAUGCUACUAAAAGUGUUACGGCCAGACAGUGACAAACUGGCCAAAAUCCUGCACGACCUGAACAAGCCUGAUCUACUAUGGUCACCAUACGGUUUGAGGUCAUUGUCCAAGUCGUCUCCACUAUUCAUGAAGCGUAACACGGAGCAUGACCCCCCAUAUUGGCGCGGCCAGGUGUGGGUCAACCUGAACUUCCUGGCGUUGUCCGCCCUCCGCCAUUACGCGGUGACCCCCGGGCCCCACGCCGAGCGGGCCGCCCAUCUGCACGCCGCCCUUCGAGACAACCUCGUCCGGAAUAUUCUGUCCGAGUACAAACGCACUGGGUACCUCUGGGAGCAGUACUCGUCCGAGGACGGUAAAGGUAGCGGCUGUCGGCCAUUCACGGGGUGGACGGCUCUAGUAACGCUCAUUAUGGCUGAAGAGUAUUAGAAAUUAAAUUUGUAACUAUGUAUAGGCGAACAUACACUAUUAAGCGGCUUGCGUCAAGCGCUUCCAUUUGAUUAAGCAUAGAUAUACGGCCUUAGUGGUGUAGCGGUAUAGCACAAUGCCUUACUUCCCAUAGUCGUAAGUUUGAGACAAACAUUUGAAACGUGACUAUGAAAACGAUUGU